AUGAAUUCUAAUCGAUUAGAUGUUGCCAAACAUAAAAGGAGAAUAUCUUCAAAAAAUAUUGAAAAAGAAGAAAAAUUGUUAAAUAAUUCGAAUGAAAUUGAAGAUAUGAAUAUAAAACAAGUUGAUCUUCAAAAUCGAACUGCUGUUGUUGAACAAUGGCUUGAAGGUCAUCAACAUGAUAAACAUGUACAAUUUUCAAAAAAUUUAACUUCUUUUAAUCAAACAAAUGAAACAAAACAAGAACGUUCAUAUUCUUUUAAUAAUCAAUCUAAUGAAAAAUUAUAUUCUAUUGAUGAAAAUAAUCAACAAUUAAAUAUUUCAACUGAAAAAUCCAUAAUAAAAUCAAAUGAUUUAUCAAAUAUUGUUUAUAAUCGUCAAUCGUUAAUAACAGAUUCUAGACUUUAUCGUUCAACAAAUAAUGAUGCGCUAUCUCAGUCAACAUUCCGAUCACCAUCACCAUUAACACGUUCACGUCAAUCUUCAUUUUCAUCAAAUCCUCCUAUUGAACGUGAUCGGACUUCUUCAAUUCUAUCAUCUAUUGAAUCAGUACCUUCUUUCAACUUAUCAUCCAAUAAUAAAGAUCGAUUAUGUUCACUUGAAAUAAAUAGUUCAUUAUCAGAAAUUGAUCGAAAAAAACUCGAUGAUAUUCGUCAAUUAGUUCCUGAUGAAUUUGAAAAUAUAGUUCCAAAAUUAAUAACAUUAGGUGUUAUUAUAAUACCUAAAAAAUUUUUUGAAAUUAAUUGUGAAGAUAUGUCUGGAAAGGAUUUAAUUGAACGUCAUAGAUUAAUAUCAUUAAUUAAAAAAGAUGAAGAUAAUAUAAAACAUAAAGAAUAUCUUGAAAAUUUCUAUGGAUCAAUAUCAUAUGAUGAUAAAAUUUAUCAAAAAACUAAUAUGUUAAGAGAAACUCUUUCGUAUAAUGGUAAAUUAGCAUUACUUUUAGCUUAUAAAGAUGAAAUUGAACGUGAAUUAAAUAAAAAAAUUCCACAAUGGAAAUUAAUUCCAAUUGAUAAUAAUCGAACAAAUUUAUCUGAAUAUUCUUAUUCAACAAAUCGAUCAUCUAUUAUUUCAAAUCCAUAUAAAACAAGAAAAAAAUCAACUAUAAUUAGUUCAUCUUCAAUAAAAACAACUAAAGAUUUAUCAUUAAAUAAUAAUCAAAAUUAUUUAUUAACUCUUUCAUUACCUGAUCAUAUUGAUAAUCAAUGGUUAAAUAAAUCUGUAGCUCAUUCAAUUGAACAAGCUAUGAUUUUAUUAGACAGACUAAGAUUAUUAUCUUCAAAUAAUUUAACAAAUAUAUCAUACGAUUAUUCAGUUGUUCAACAAAAUAUUUAUGAUAAUAAUCAAAUUCAAUUUGUUAAACAAUUUAAACGGUGGUUAUUACUAUGUUCGAUUCUUUAUAUAGAACACAAUUCACCUAUUUAA